UCCACCAGGUUUUCUAGGCUGGCGGUCGUUAAUGGAAUUGUUAUUUUGAGGUAUUUUGUUGCUGUUGUUGCUUCUUUUGAUUCGUGGUGGUGGUGUUUUGCAUUAAUGCUGUGAACGCUGUAAUGUAAACAUGCCACAGACAAGUGUGUUUUAAUCAGAGUGUUUGUUAGUGUAUUUUUGUUGUAAGUGUGUAAAGAAAAAAAAACGACAAAAAGCGCUUAACAGCAGUGUUUAUUUUGCAGCUCUCAUCCGCUCAUCACGGGGGUUAAAUCGAAGGUGACAAAGAUGUGAAAGUGGCUUCGUUGUCGAAACGGCGAAAAAAGAAAUAUAAAAAUAUCCACACGCUUAUGCGAAUUUGCCACCCUCUCACGGGUUGGUGUGAAAAACGUAGUCUGUGAGUCUGUGGUUGUGUGCGUGCAACUGUAUGUGUUUGUGCGGGGUGACAGCAUCACAUUUCGCAUAAUGCUCUCGAGCCCAUUUAUUCGAAAACAGGGUUCAAAUUAACAGGUGAAGCAUAUCGAAGAGGAAUAAGAAAACAAAACGCCUACAUCUACAGUGUUGUGUGUCGUGCAGCAAUAUUUACGCCUGUGUUGGUACCGCGAAAAGCAAACUGGUUUUUGUGUGCGAUUGUGUGCUUUUUUUUUGUUUGGGAUUGAAUAUUUUAUCACCACCGCGGAGUUGUUGAUCUGUUUUUUUGUGUGUGUCUUGCUGCAAUCUCUCUUAACCCCACCAAGAAGCAACUCGACGACGACGACGACGACGACGAACAGCGUGCCCAGAACGCACGCACGGUGGUAGCGGUGACCAGCAGCCCAAAUAAGGCGAAGCACAAUACCACAGCGCCACAAAAGGAUAAAGUCAUCUCUUGCCUCAUCGGUCGGUCGCACCCUCCGUCUCAAGCUUGAUUUCAGCUGCCAGCACACGCACAAGAAUUCGUACGUACGGGCAAUAUCUGCAGGACCGAGAGCUUUAUCCCCGGCUGGAUGGAAUCUGAAACCAUCUUAGAAGUGAGCUGCUUAGACGAGAUACAUUAGGAACCGGUGUGACGACGGCAACAACGAGGACGACGACGACAAGAGAGCUACACACAUACAUUACUACCGGAUUUGUAAGCAUUUCAACAAGACUACAAGACUUACGAUAAAACAAAUUGAAGCUAAAGUUGAAGUCUAACGCUUAAGCGCCUGUUUUUUUGCAUUCGGAAAUUCCCACCGACCGAACGAAGAGCCAUCCAUACUGGAUCGUACACCACCGAAUUCCAAUGACGACAGCGAGAGUGUGAUCCUCCGUCAGUUUUUUCGGAAGGGAGGUUUGCUGGCCCAGAGGCUAGGUUUGGAUGUUGCCAAACCGAUAAUGACCGUGAGGUCUGGCUGACGACGACGACGACGAUGAUGAUGGAACGAUGUUACGAUGAUCGUAAUGGAAGCUGCAGAUCACGCUGACUAUAAUAAUGAUGGCCGGCCGUGCAUAUGAAUAACUGGGAAUAAGGGAGCUCUCUCGUGUGUUCCACAGUUCCUGAGAAGAGAUCAUCGUGAUUAUUGUUGUGUUGUCUGUGUGUGUGUUUUUGUUGUGAAGCAGUGGAAUCAUUUAAUUUGCCGCUCUUAAAAGAGGAAAAAAAGAACUUAGGAUCUUCUCUAAACACGCAAACAAACUCAUCAAAGACGCACGAUCGUUUCAAGAAAUAGCAUCAACAAAAAACGAUCACCAAAGUCCUAAUCCUAAUGCCCGCACAAGAGAUACAGUGAGUGAGCUGAAAACUGGAGAUUCCGAAACGGUUGGUGGUCUCCCAUUAUUGGGUCAAAGUGUGUGUAUGAAAAAAAAACGAACGACCCAGCAUUGCCAAGUCAUCUCUCCGAUGUGCCAGCGUGCGUACCGUGUUGUCUGAUCCGCGUGCCCGUUUUGUUGCGGCAACAGUUUAGUGCCUAAAAACGAUCGACUCGUGUGCGUGCUUGUGUGUACAAAUUAAGAAGUGGCAUUAGCUUUAAGACGUUGUAAUCUAGCUUCAGUUCAUCCGUUGUUGCUUGGAUCAUCUCCAAUCUUUCCCUCCUGUACACCCCAUCAUUUCAACAUCCACAGUCAACAUGUUGAAGAACAUUCACGAACGUACCGUGAAGAAGGUAAAGGGUAACCACUAUGUGGCAACGCACGGUCGCGAUACGGUAGAUCUGCCGUACGCACAGGCCAACCGGGGCUACUCGACCGAUGGCGAGGAUAGCCAGCGGGCCCCCUCGGAGCGCACGCUGUCCGAGUAUACGGUGGCGAACGAGCGAGCCACACCACCGACUGCGCCGGCCCGCAAAUCACGCCCCGAGCACAAGUACCAGAACAACGGUGGCCCGCGGCCGCUCUCUAGUCCACCGACGCGCGCCCCACCGAGGGCACCGUCCGCGCUCAGCUACGAUCAUGGCGGUGAAACGGGCAGCGAUAUCUACGUCACAUCCGCGGCUUACAAGGCACCGUCGGAAAUAAGUCGUUACAGUGCCCACCGGACGCAUCAAUCCCGCGGACCGCGCAGUGUGUACAGUGUUGCCAGCACGGCCAAAACGGGUCGCAGUUCGCGGCGUCACGGUGCCAAGGUAGAGGCCAUGUCCGCCCCGAACCCGUUCUGCCCGAACGUGAAGGGUGUUUGCUGUCUGAUGCUGCUGCUAAACCUUGGCCUAAUCCUGAUCACACUCGGCUUUGUCAUAGUGAUGCAGUUCAUGGAGCCACUGUUUGUUUGGAUCCUGGGCGUGGUGUUCCUUAUCUUCGGCUUCGGCACACUGAUCGGCAGCAUGAUCUACUGCGUGAUCGUGUGCCGGGAUGCGAAGACACCGUCCCAGCUGAAGAACGAGGACCUCUACUGGACGAAGCAUUGGCAGAAGAGCAUCGGCUACACGCCGCAGGAGAUCGACUACAAGACGGAUCGGUUCGACGAGCGCGAUCGAUACUCGGAUCGGUUUUCCGUUAGCAAAAUGAGCGGCAAAUACUCCGAUCGCGACAUUACACGGUAUUGAGGAGUGUCACGUUAUUACGAUUGUUCAGUAGUCCAGAGAGUUUGUGAGCGAAGAUGUAAAGGAGGGGCCUUACGUUUUAUCAUCGUGAAAGGAUUUUUAAUGCAAAAGAAUUACAAUUUAAUGCUUGUUAUACUAGACAGGUGCCAAACACCUUGAACCAGCAGUGACAGUUACUUUUACACGCAUUAAUGCUAACUUAUAUCGGAGGGAAUUGGUUUCCCACCCCCAGAGUCUUUAUCCUUUCACAGCCGUCCAACCCCCCGCAAAACCAAGUUACUAACCAUUUAAAUUAAAUGAUUUCGCAACGAUUUUGUCACACCGCCGCCGGGUCAUAGCGCAGCCUGUGGUGCGUGUGUUCGGGUGUCUCGCGCAAGAAGAUUAAACGGAACGAACGAAUACGAAGCGGUGAAUACGAACGAAAGUAUAACUUUAACUAGCUGGUAGGGAAUUUUAACUUGAAGCAAUAAUCGUAACCUGAUUAGAAGCAUAGAAACCAACACAAUCCAGUUAAGUUGACGGUUGAUAAUGAUAACUAUAAUAAUAAUAAUAAUAAAGGUAAUCGAUUAAACGGCCAAUUAUAAUGAACGAAUGAAUCCGUCCUCUCCGGUCCUUUUUUAAAAAAAAUCACUCUGUAAAUAAUCCAACUUUAAUUUAAUGUAAUAAAGGAAUGAAUGUUUUUUUUAAUAUCAUCAUAA